GCGCUGCUCGCGGACUCGGCUCUCGAACGCAGUGGAGGACAGACGUGUCGGGAGAGAGCGGAGGUUGUGCAGAUAGACGGAGCGCUGUAACACGCCACUGAUACUUUCUAAAGCGAGACGAACUUGAUCCCGGAUUCACCAUAUGGAAGAUCAACUCCGGAGCUUUACGAGCUAGUGCUCCGUUCGUCGGUUUAUUUCAUGUUAUGCCAACAAAGUAAGACACAGGAUAACGGAGAGAAGGAGACCGGGUAACAUAUCUCCAGGCAUUGGAAUUGGUGGUAGCCGAAAGCCACAUUUUAUGCUUUAGCUGGAGAAAAAUCGUCAAUCCGGUGGACUCGUACAUAACUGUGGAUCUACAGAACCUGGAGAGACGUUAUUUUGAGCACGGUGUUUCAUAGAGUAAUGCGUAAAGGCGAAGUUAUUUAGACGUUCGACUUAUUUUACUUACUUUUGUAGUAAUUAUUUGCACCACGGUAAAUCGUCAUGCCGUAUUCGGCUAUUGUGAAAUGUAAGCGGAACCGAUAUUAAAUUUAACCAAUUGUCUGUGGAAAAAGAUAGGUGGUAGAAACGACGUUUGCGUUCGUGUGCCAAAAUUUUCAAGUGUUUUUUUUGUCGUUCGAUAAGGGAAACAUUAGAUACUUAACAGAGAGGAGACUUUGACAGCAACUUGUUCUCCAGAAUUAAAGGGUGAAAACACCCCACAAGAUGGAUAUAUUCACAUCACUGUUUGGAUUCUUAUUGGCAUUUUGUAUAACAUCAAGAGCGCACGCAGAUGACGAGCCGUGCGGGGGUCAGCUGGACGCCAGCAAUGCGGGGUACAUCACGUCCCCCGGGUACCCGCACGAGUACCCGCCCCACCAGAACUGCCAGUGGGUGAUCACCGCGCCCGAACCCUCCCAGCGCAUCGUCCUCAACUUCAACCCCCACUUCGAGCUGGAGAAGCUGGACUGCAGGUACGACUUCAUCGAGAUCCGGGACGGGAAUUCGGAACCGGCGGACCUGCUGGGGAAGCACUGCAGCAACAUCGCGCCCCCCGCCAUCAUCUCCUCCGGCCCCGUGCUGCACAUCAAGUUCGUCUCCGACUACGCCCACCAGGGGGCGGGCUUCUCGCUGCGCUACGAGAUCUUCAAGACCGGUUCGGACUUCUGCUCCCGAAACUUCACCAGCCUGUCGGGCGUGAUCGAGUCGCCGGGCUUCCCCGACAAAUACCCCCACAACCUGGAGUGCACCUUCAUCAUCAUCGUGCCGCCCCGCAUGGACGUCACCCUCACCUUCCUCACCUUCGACCUGGAGAACGAUCCCCUGAUGGUGGGCGAGGGCGACUGCAAGUACGACUGGCUGGAGGUGUGGGACGGCAUCCCGCAGGUGGGCCCUCUGAUUGGACGAUACUGCGGCACUAAGAUCCCGCCGGAGAUCCUGUCCUCCACGGGGCUCCUGUCCCUCACGUUCCACACGGACAUGGCCGUGGCCAAGGACGGCUUCUCCGCCCGCUACAACAUGACCCAGCGGGAGGUCAGCGACAACUUCCACUGCAGCAGCGCGCUGGGCAUGGAGUUCGCCCGCAUCUCGGACGACCAGAUCUCGGCCUCCUCGUCCUUCUACGACGGCCGCUGGUCCCCGCGCCAGGCGCGGCUCAACAACGACGACAACGGCUGGACCCCCAGCGAGGACAGCAACAAGGAGUACCUGCAGGUGGAUCUGAACUUCCUCAAGGUCCUGACGGGCAUCGCCACCCAGGGCGCCGUCUCCAAGGAGACGCAGAAGUCCUACUACGUAACCACCUUCAAGCUGGAGGUCAGCACCAACGGGGAGGACUGGAUGAUCUACCGGCACGGCAAGAACCACAAGGUCUUCCACGCCAACACGGACCCGUCGGAGGUGGUCCUGAACCGGAUCCCCCAGCCCGUCCUGGCCCGCUUCGUGCGGAUCCGACCGCAGACCUGGAAGACCGGCAUCGCCCUCCGCCUGGAGCUCUACGGAUGUCAGAUCACAGACGCCCCCUGCUCCGAGAUGCAGGGAAUGCUGUCCGGAAUGCUCCCGGAUUCCCAGAUCUCGGCGUCCUCCACGCGGGACAUCCACUGGUCCCCCGGGUCUGCGCGGCUGGUGGCCAGCCGUUCCGGAUGGUUCCCCAGCCCCACGCAGCCCGUGGCGGGGGAGGAGUGGCUGCAGGCGGACCUGGGGGGCCCCAGGACGGUGCGGGGGGUGAUAACGCAGGGUGCGCGCAGCGGGGAGGGCAGCACCAGCGCCGAGAACCGCGCCUUCGUCAGGAAGUACCGCCUGGCACACAGCAUGAACGGCCGGGAGUGGAGCUUCAUCAUCGACAGCAAGACCAGCCUGCCCAAGGUAUUCGAAGGGAACACGCACUACGACACCCCGGAAAUCCGCAGGUUCGAGGAGAUCCCGGCUCAGUUCAUCCGGAUCUACCCGGAGCGCUGGUCUCCUGCGGGAAUCGGGAUGAGGCUGGAAGUCCUGGGCUGUGGCCUGCCUGAAACCACCUCCGUCGCUGCCAUGGUGACGCCCACGCCCACCCUGUCCCGACAGGCGGAGAGCACCGCCCAGAAGGCGGAGCAAACCCCAGCCACGCCCCCCUCCUCGCUGAGCGGCCUGUGUGACUUCGAGCACAGCCUGUGCGGCUGGAACCACGACCCCUCCGCCGACCUCAACUGGUCCCUCCACAGCGGGGGCUCCUCCCCGGGCUCCGGCCCCAGCCAGGACCUCUCGCUGGGCUCUGAGGAUUUCGGGAACUACCUGUACAUCGAGGCCAGCCCCAAGACGGAGAGGCACCGGGCGCGGCUGGUGAGCCCCGAGGUGGAGCCGGAGACCGGGCCCAUCUGCCUGCUCUUCUACUACCAGCUCCGGGGCGAGGGCGCGGGCACACUCCGAAUCCUGCUCCGAGACACCGACCGGGAGGAGACCCUGCUCUGGGCCCUCACGGGGGACCAGGGCCCCGUCUGGCAGGAGGGCCGCACCAUCCUGCCCCGCUCGCCAAAGGAGUUCCAGGUCGUCAUGGAAGGCUUCUUCGACCAUGGCAGCCGAGGCCACAUCUGGAUGGACAACAUUCACAUGAGCUCCAGCACGCCGCUGGAGGAAUGCACGAAGCCCUUCCCGGCGGUGUUCCCCCCGGACAUGACCGGGGGAGCGAUUCCUGUCGUGACCGACCCCACAGUAGACACGGUGUCAGUGCUGCCCAUUCCCACCUACUGGUAUUACGUUAUGGCCGGCGGAGGGGCCCUCCUCCUCCUGGCGUCCGCCACGCUGGUCAUGGUGCUGUGCUGCCACCGCUACCACCUGGCCGCCAAGAAGAGCCAGCACUCGGUCACCUACCAGAGCACGCACUACCCCGGGGGAGCCGCGCCCGCGCCCGGGGUGGAGCCCAUGCUCACCAUUAGGCUAGACAAGGAGGACCGCAGCUCCCAUGACAGGAAGUACUCAGAUCCCAGGCCUGUAGACGGCGGGGAGGAGCGACUCAUCAAGAGCAUAGAAAGAGUAGACGUAGGAGAGUUGCCCUUCCUGGAGUGGAGCACGCCAGUCCCGUCCUCCGACCCCCCCGUGACCCGCGUGUCGGAGAAGGACAACUCCUGGCUGUACACGCUGGACCCCAUCCUGGUGACCAUCAUCGUGAUGAGCUCCCUGGGCGUGCUGCUGGGGGCGGUGUGCGCCGGGCUGCUGCUCUACUGCACCUGCUCCUACAACGGCCUCUCCUCGCGAAGCUCCACCACCCUGGAGAACUACAACUUCGAGCUGUACGACGGCAUCAAGCACAAGGUCAAGAUCAACCAGCAGCGCUGCUGCUCGGAGCCCUGAGGGGGGCGCUGCCGAGGCCGCGGCGUGCCGAGCCUGCUCACUGACGAAACCAACGAAGAAGAAGAAGAAAAAAGAAAAAAAAACUCCUAACCCCUUCAACCUUCUCUACAUUCGUCUCUCUCCCCCUCUCUCCCUCUCUCCCCCCUCUCUCCCUCUCUCCCUCUCUCCCUCUCUCUCUCUCUCGCCUGUGGACAAGCCGGCUGUUCAUUGGAAGGCGGACCGAGCCACACUUACUGGACACGCACUGACCCAAACCGCCACAGCAGUGUAGCCGCGCAUUCGGACCAACCAGAGCCGCAGGUGGUGGAGGGAAAAAAGAAAACCGAAAACGAUUGGGAGCCAGUCUCAGUGGACUGCUUUUACGGGUGCUCCGAGUUUUAAAAGAUAAGAUAAGAAAAAUAUCAAAACAUAUCAAUUUAAUGCCUAUCCCAAAAAAGAAAAAAUAUACAAAUAUAGAUUUUUAAAGAUCUACUUUUUAAAAACAGGUGACUUAAGUUAGAAAAAGGUGAUGCUAGGACUUCUUAGACGGGUGGUGACUUGUCAAAAAACAUUUCCUCCUAUGUGUGAAAAGUGGCCUAGGAUUCUGUUACUUUUGUGGACCGUUUAGUUUAGUUUUAGACCUGUGCAUCUGUGAGAGAUCAGCUUCAGUUCUGCUGCUUCAGCCCGUCGUCAUCUGUGACAUUUUUUUUUUGCAAUAACUCUCUCGUGCGUCGACUGCCACAGUCUUCUUCUUCUUCUUUAGUUCAGAGUGUUUGUAAUAUUCUAUGUUUUGUUUUCGGACUGUUGCCAGUCUUAAAAAGAAGUGUAAAAAAAAAAAAAACAACAACAACAACAGUAUUUUGCCUAAAGUUUAGGGACAAGAUAUUUGAUUCUGUAAGAUAGAUUUAGUCAAAGGAUUGUCUUUGGUGUUUUGUUUUUAUUUGACGGAAGGAAAAAAAGAAACAACGCACGGCGUUUAGCGCGUCGUGUCCUGUGAAGCUUGUUUCAGCGCAACCUGUGGAUUGCAGAGAGCUGGUCGAGGCAGAAAGCGUUAGUCAGCACGUGCGUCCGAAAACGGAGGAAGACGCCCCUCUCUCGCGCCAGGAGGGGGGCGUCUACGUCUCCGCCAGCGCCUCCUCUCUGUGUGCCACAGGAAGGAACUGGAAAAAAACCGAAAAAAAGAGACUUUCGAUGUAAAAUGGCGGACGAAGCCGAAUAUUGUUGGACACACUAUCGAGCCUUAAGGAACUGCUUGGGAGGACAGCCAUGAGAAACACGAGCUCCUGGAUGAAAAACCACUGAGGCCUUGGAGUGCUAGGCCUCAUGUUUUCUUCAUUUCACGUUAAAGCUUACUUUGACAUUUUCAGUUCUUUUUCGUUUUUUACUCCCAACAAAAAACAAAAAAAAGGGAGGGUUAACAGGACAAACAGUGCUUUUUUUUGGAGGGGGGGCGAAAAUUUAAAAAGCGGCGUUUUGGGGAGGCUCGGCGUCGACGUUUGCUCUCUGGAUUUCUUACCCUGUCCGAACGGAAAAACAAACGGAAAAACAAACGGAAAAACAAACGGAAAAACAAACGGAAUCAAGCGGCGAGUCUCUCCGCUGUACCUCAGCCCGGGUCUGUAGCGCGUGCGCUAACGUGCUAACGUGCUAUCCCCUCCCCCCACCUACCCACCCACCCGAGCCAAUCAGAGUCGAGCUCAGCGGGCAGGGGGGCGGGGUCUGAAUCCACGGGAGCUGAUUGGAAGGCGCUGAAAGACGCUUAGCGAUGAAAAAAAAAAAAAGUGCGCCUCCCUCUCUUUCUUCAGCCGCCCCUUCAUUCGCCUCUGCCGACCCUUUGCCAAGUGCCUUGGAGCUCGCCGAAAUUCACUUUUACCCUGGGAGCUGAGAUAGUAUUACCUCUUCUGUCUGGGACAGGGGGCAACGAGAAAAAAAACAAACAAACAAACAAACAAAAAAAACAAAGAGACGUGAAAAUCCUGGCACUGCUCAGAUAUUCAAUUGCUGUUUAUAGACUUUGUACAGAAAUGUUCUUUUUUAUUGUUAUUAUUUAAUAAAGGAUUGGUAACAUA